AUGGCUCACGGACCCUUCAGAAGAAGGCCCCUGGGGCUUGACCUACCCCGCCCGUCGUCGGUUGAGUCGCCGCCUGGCGUUGCGGCGCUCUUCGUCAUCCGCUUCGAUAUCAAAGCUGGCUAUGUGAUAUCUUGGAAGCGUACCCUCCCCGGUGUUGACGUCGAAGGGGCUGUCGAGUACAAAUCGCUCCCGUCGGGCCUACAUAAUGUCUCGGAAGAUCUAGUCUAUUUCAUCCACGAACAGUAUGCCGGCAUCAGCGCAUUUGUCAACCAACCGGCCGAGGAGGCUGAACGGAAUGCGAAGAUGUUUGCCAUCGGAGUCUUGGUUCCGUUGAGCUCGGGGAGAUUAGGGAAGAGCUGGCGACAUGUCCCCAAGCUCAAGGAGCUGGCCCGACAAUACGCGGACGACAUGUCGAAAACACAGCCACUAUCGGAUUACUGGGAAGCCAAUGAACUCCGCGGGGGAGACUCUCCGGCCCAACAACCCGAAUCCCCAUUGGAAUCGCCUCUAAGCCUCCGGUUAAGGGCGCAUGGAGACCGGUCGGAGAAUGCGCAUCGCAGCCGUGCAUUCAGUGACGCCAUUGUGUUGGAAUCGCCCAGGCCGGCCCUGACGCCUUUCCAUCCAGCUUCUUCGCUCCCCGAUUUUCUCGAUGCCUUUGGCCCUCUCGUGUUUCCCUUGUAUAGAGCAGCGCUACUCCGCAAAAGAAUUCUGUUCAUGGCGGAGGCGCCCGUCAAUAUACCCUGUAACUAUGUGUAUGAUUUGUCUUUAUUAGCAUCGCUUCCUAAUUCCAUCCUCCCACUACUCCCACCGGCCGGUACUCCGCCUCCACGGCCGCGCCCUCUCUUCAACGUUGGCAUCCACGACAUCCCAUACCUCUCUUCCUUCGUGGGCAAGACACCCAACUCCGACCGCGACGCUGCGUGGAUCGCAUGCAGUACAGACAGUGUCCUGACAAUGAAGUCCGACCUGUUUGACGUUCUGGUCACAUUGCCCGGGCCCCAUACCCAACACGCCGCCGAAAAGACCUUCCCCCAAAUCUCCAUCUUGCCAACGCCCACUGCACGACACAACACGCCUCAGGCCAUCGAAUUGCGAGCGACCCAACGCGACGCAAGACGCUACCUCACUCUCCGUCGAGCCAUCCACCAUUUCUCUCGGGACGAGAGUCGCCAGUCCGAAGAAGGCGAGGGCUACGAUGACGAAUCAGACGCCGCGUCGACAUUCUCCUCCAGCCCCGUCGUCGAGCCUCUCUCCUGGACCCGACUAGCCUACACCUCCUUCAUCUGGUGGGCGUCCGCAGGCGAAAAACGCGACGGCCUAACAGAAGAGGAAGAAGAAGAGCGCCGACUCGAGCAAGACACCCGCCUGCUCGCCAGCGUCGACAAUCUCCCCAGCCCGCCCUCGGGCUCCGCCGGCCGCCGGAGCAUCCAACCCGCUGAGGCCACGCGAGAACCGCCCGAGAUCGCCCUCGUCGCCUACUUCCGCCGUCUGACUACCCAGAUCUUCGUCACUCUGUCCGACGUAGUCGCCCGUCAAGACAGCAACAACGAUCCCGAUGACGACGUCGCAAGCGACGCCGACUCCGCCUCCUAUCGCGACAACCCAGACGAGGAGCCCGACGCAUUAGCCAGACAGCCCACCCAUGAUAGCAUGGAUGACAACAACCACAACAGCAACGACGACGACAACGACAACGACAACGCCCCCCUCCUACCACCCCAGGACAACAACAAUAACAACCCCGACGACGACCCCGUCACCAUCACAACAGAGGACAUGACCGAAAUGGGCCUAGACGUAUGGAGCGGCGCAGACCGCAUCUUCGUCGAGCAGCUCGUCCGCACCUGGUGGAACCGCCCGGCGUAUAUCGACAGCGCCAGGAUCCGGUGCUGCGGUGUUUCAAUCUUGUAG